AUGGAGGAUUGCAUGAGAAAGCUAGCGUUAUGGCACACUAGAACAUUCAAUCCCAUUAUGACUCACGAGGAGCUUGAGCCCAUCAUGACAAACAUGGGCUUCGUGGGCCUCCCUCCAUGUUCGUCUUCUUCGUCUUCUUCAUGGAAGGAGUACGUUUACAUGGCCAAGGCGCCUAAUUACAAGUAUUAUGAUCAAGCUGAGGAGCAGUCGGCAGCGCCACCGCGCCCCAAGCUGCCUUACCCUAAGAUAGAUGGCCUCCACCUAUACGCUUACCAGGCUUUCAUCGACGCCGUUAACUUCUACCUCGAGAUGUCUGACAUCUCCGACCUCUUCCACAUCAGGGGAAUGCCGCUUUAUCGGAAUAUGGAUAGAAGCAGGAAGUGGCGUAGAAUGGAAGAAGAUGAGAGUGUGUUUGUUUACAGAGAAGGAACUUUAGAUCAGACAACAUACCAACUUUAUCAUUUUGACAAGUCAAGCAGCAGCAGCAAUGGGGAUGGUUCUUUGCUCAUUCGCGACAAGGGCACAAAAGCCCCCAUUACUUGCAUUGUCCCUUUGAAAGACAUUAUAGUAGGAUGA